CUGCUUCUGUGUAAUCUCUUUUGGUUUCUGUUAGCUUGUGGAGGUGGCUGACCAGCUGUCUGCAGCCAAAAGGCGCUGCGUCCUCGGCUCUCUCCUGCUUAGACUGGGCUGAACUGGCACUCGGAGAGGCUCUGGGAGCUGCAGGUGGUGCGGCUGGGGAGGCUGCAGUGGGGCUGCCCCUGGGGACACAGCCCCUGGGAGCCAGCUAGGUGUGUUCUUGUUGUGCCUAGGAAACAGCCGCUGAAAUAACAAAGCUCCUUUGCUUAUUGUGGCUGUAGGGUAAGGAAAGGCACACCGGAGAGUCACUGCCUGUUACUCUCGUAGAACAGCAGUCAGAAAUUUGGGGCUGACCAGUGACUGUCCCUGUCAGGAACCUGUUGUGUCCUUAAAAGCUGUUCAGAAGAAGUAUGGAUUUGCCUUUAUGGUUAGUGAGGUUAGGCUGGCUUUUUGAGGAUCUUCCUCCUUUGUAAGUUCAAUAUGGCUCUUUACCACUUCCUUGCAAAUCAUUCACAAUUUCUGCUUCUACCGUCUAUUUUUGGCAUUACAGUGAACGGUGGCGAUUCAGAGAAAACCAGGAACCUUUAGGUUUUGUGCUUUUUUCACUAUUCUUUUUUGCAAGCUGCCUUGUGCACAGAUGAAUGUUCAUCUCCCAGCUAAGGAUGGAAGGUCUGAAGAGGGGAAACCGUUCUCUGACCACUGCAGUCAUUCAGACAUUGAAACCCAGGUCGUGCAAAGCCUCAGGUACGGUAGUGUAGAGGAGGGCUCCUAUACUGACAGAAACGUAGCCUAAAAAGUGUCGUGACCUCUGUCAAGUAAUGAGGCAUCAGAAGCAACAUUUAGUAACGUUGAUUCCUUAUGGAGGUAAUGAAAAAACCCUGCUUUAGACUAAAUCUUAAUUGCAGUUAUGGGAAGGUAGUCAUCAUAAAAAGCUUUGUUUUAUUACUCAAUAGCUGUGUUUUCACAAUAUUUAGAAAGCUAAUAUCCUAAAAGGCAAGGGAGCCAUUUGUUUUGUUGUUCGUUUUUUUAAAGGCCAGGUGAUAACUUGAAUUACAGUUUAGUAGGGGAGAUAGAAUCACUUCAUUAAGAAAUAAAAACCAAGUUCAUUGGUGAAAUAUCUAUUCACAGGUGAUGUGCAAGGUGAAGUCCAGGGGGAAAUUUAUGGGGCUAGAGGGAGAAGCAUCCUAGGAAGCGUACGCUCAGCAAGGGAGCUGUCACUGAAAGCUGUGAAUGUGGGACCUUGCAUGUGGAACCACGCUUCAGACUAUUUUCAUGCCUUAGCAGUUUACCAUUAUUUUAGUGGCUAAUUUUGUGAACUAUGUGCAUUUAUUUUCCUUUUUCUUAUCAGUCGCUUUUUUUGAGUGGAUGAAGAUAACAUUAACGAGUCUUAUAUUGCUCAUUCCCCAUGCGCUUACAAUAGCUGAGCCAAGUUACAUUGUGUUUUAGGGACGGAGAUUCUGUUGGUGUACUGAUUUUUCAAGCUGAUAACCCUUACAGCUGCUAAGGUGUGUGCUAAUCUGCAGUUUCCAGUGAAUUUCUGAGCCAAUAUUUUAAUGGAUUCAGUCAAAAAGAAUUAGUAGCCUGUGAAUUUAAAGGAAUCUUUAUAAAUACAGUCAUUUUUGAUGAUGAUUCUUACAUUCUGCACCAUUCUACCAUUUCAUUGGCAUGCUUUAAGUUGAUUAUUAUCAAUUAUCACUUUGAGGAGUUAUUUGGUGUACUUGAGAUUUUUGAGUUAUUGUAGCUUCUUGUAACACGUACCUAAAGCAAAAAUCAAAGCAGGGAAAAUACAUCUACAGGAAAAGUUUCAGUCACUUUCUUGUCCUAAAAUAGGCUGUCAUUACUGAUCUGCUUGCCAUCCUGUUGUGGCACAGCUGUGUGGGUCCUGUCUGCAGUAAACUGAUGUCCAUUUUGGACCAAACCUUAGAUUUUUAGAAUCAUUCGAACCAACACUGAUUUACUGGAUGGAGUUCUUUCUCCAAGUGUGUAUAACCAGUAUAAACCAGUGACUUCGUUUACUUCUGUAAGCUGUUUGAAGGUCAGCCUGUUUGCUGAUAGCAGUGUGAGCUGUCGACUGCAGUUGUGGUGCUCUGGUUUCCUUUAUCUGGGGGAUGGAAAAGAGAGAGGACAAUAACGAAAGCAACGUGGGAGGAUGAAAGCAGGUCAGAAAAGGGAGAGGGAGUUCCUAAUUGAACCAGGGACUUCCAGUGAGAGGGCGUGACUAACCGAACCGGAGCCUUUUCUAUUGUAUUUAUGUCAGCAUUAUUUGAGAUGGUGCCAGAAGUGUACGUAGCGCUGUACAGUAGGAGGCUUGCUUCAAACACAGAACAUGUUCCCGGGGCUGGAGGGCUCUGCGAGCACAGGCCGGAGCAGCGCAGGAUCAUGCAGUACAGAGAUGUGAUCGUGCGUGGCUGCUGGCAUUCGCCCUGGAGCAGGAAAUUUGGAGAGCGACCUCAACCGAAACGGCUUACCAGGGAAGCAAUGCGAAAUUACCUAAAGGAGCGAGGUGAUCAAACAGUGCUAAUACUCCAUGCAAAAGUUGCGCAGAAAUCAUAUGGAAAUGAAAAAAGGUUCUUUUGUCCCCCUCCAUGUGUGUAUCUUAUGGGCAGUGGAUGGAAGAAAAAAAAAGAGCAAAUGGAACGGGAUGGUUGUACUGAGCAAGAGUCACAACCCUGCGCCUUCAUUGGGAUAGGAAACAGCGACCAAGAAAUGCAGCAGCUGAACUUGGAAGGAAAGAAUUAUUGCACUGCCAAAACGUUAUACAUAUCAGAUUCAGACAAGAGAAAGCACUUCAUGUUAUCCGUAAAAAUGUUCUAUGGCAAUAGCGAUGACAUCGGUGUGUUCCUCAGUAAACGAAUCAAAGUCAUCUCCAAGCCUUCUAAAAAGAAACAGUCACUGAAAAAUGCAGACUUAUGUAUUGCAUCAGGGACAAAAGUGGCACUAUUUAAUAGACUUCGAUCCCAAACAGUUAGCACCAGAUAUUUGCACGUAGAAGGCGGUAAUUUCCAUGCCAGUUCACAACAGUGGGGAGCAUUUUACAUUCACCUCUUGGAUGAUGAUGAAUCAGAAGGAGAAGAAUUCACAGUGAGAGACGGCUACAUUCAUUAUGGGCAGACUGUCAAACUUGUAUGCUCAGUUACUGGCAUGGCACUCCCAAGACUGAUAAUUCGAAAAGUAGAUAAACAAACAGCGUUAUUGGAUGCAGAUGAUCCAGUAUCGCAGCUCCAUAAGUGUGCGUUUUACCUUAAAGACACUGAGAGAAUGUAUUUGUGCCUUUCCCAGGAGAGAAUAAUCCAGUUUCAAGCCACUCCAUGCCCAAAAGAACCAAAUAAAGAAAUGAUUAAUGACGGAGCUUCUUGGACAAUCAUUAGCACAGAUAAAGCAGAGUACACAUUUUAUGAGGGGAUGGGACCGGUCCAUGCUCCAGUGACACCUGUGCCUGUUGUAGAAAGUCUUCAAUUGAACGGUGGCGGGGAUGUAGCAAUGUUGGAACUUACAGGACAGAACUUCACUCCAAAUUUACGUGUCUGGUUUGGGGAUGUGGAAGCUGAAACCAUGUACAGAUGUGCAGAGAGCAUGCUAUGCGUUGUUCCAGAUAUUUCUGCAUUUCGAGAGGGAUGGAGGUGGGUCCGUCAACCAGUCCAAGUUCCAGUAACUUUGGUCCGUAACGAUGGCAUAAUUUACUCCACCAGCCUUACCUUCACAUACACACCGGAACCAGGGCCACGACCGCACUGCAGUGCUGCUGGAGCAAUCCUCAGAGCCAACUCUAGCCUCAUGGCUUCCAGUGAAACAACUGCAAACAGCGAGGGAAGUUACACGAAUGUCAGCACAAAUCCAACCAACGUCACAUCAUCUACGGCAACUGUAGUUUCCUAACUACCGUUGUUUGUUUGGACUUUAACUGACUUUUAAGUGCUACAUUCAAGAGAACUGAACAAUUUUUGUGGUUUCAUGGGAAAACACCUUUCCAUUUUAGGUGAUAUUAUUUUGAACCUUGUUACCUGCAAGUGCUGAUCUUAAUAUAGAAGCCACAAUAAAAAAAAAUAGAUCCGAAACAUAAGAACUUUAUUGAAAAUCUAUUUUUCAGCUGUUUUUUUUUAAUGGGCAAGAAAUAAAAAUGUGGCUGGGAUACAUGUUGAGCAAACUAGAAAACAUGAACACAACAUAGUUUUUAUGGACCAAGGAACUUGUAUAAGCUUUAGUAUAAAAGGUACAUUUUCACCAUACCUUUUUUGUAUCACAACAUAUAGUACACUUUUGUUACCAAAUAGUUUAUAUUUUUUUUCCUCUGAGCUUUUGCUCUGAAGUAUAUUCAGGUUCCAAGCCUGACCAUGCUUGUAUAAUCUAAUUACCAUACUCUUCCAGUUUUAAAAAAAUAUAUAUAUUUUUGGUCUGUGGCUGGAACUGUUCCUUUUUUUAAACUGAAGUCUUGUGACUUUUUAUGAACUGAAAUUGUUUUUAUUUCAGCAAGUAGAACCUUGUAAAGGCCAGCAUAUUUUUUUUAAGAUUAUAUGAAGUCUGUGCAAAAGCUUUAAAAAAUGCCUCUGCCUUGCCUGCAAUACAUGCAAUGUAUGUUAACUUUAGUGCUCUGUUUUCAGUCAUUGUUAAUAGUUAUUUCUGUUUUCCUUUUUUAAAAUAUGUAUUUAUAGUGAUAAUUCUUGAGGUUCUAACAUUACGUGAGUUUUUUUAGUGGCAUCUGAAGCAGUCAUGUUAAUGAUUGUUCGUGUCACAGGCAUACGUUGGUGUUUUUGAAGGGUUGUUACUGGGUUACUCCCCCUCUCCUUUCACAGUCAUUGCAUCCGAAAAUGUUUCAGGAUCUGUUCAGGUUUUUCUAAUCUUGUACAUAAUUUGUAUUAAGUGUAAGUUAAAUGUUUUAUUUCAAAAGUGGAAUGUUCCCGAUAACUUCAUUUGGCAGCAUGUCUUCUGUCUUGUUGGCAUGUAACUAAAAUAUCAUGAGAAGUGUGUACUGCAAAUGGGAUUGGUAGGUGAUGCCCUUCAUCACUGAGAAUCGCAAAAAGCAUGUUUUUCAUCAUACUGUUCCGUAAAUUAGGCCAGACUUCAGUGUACCACUUGUAUCAAGAACGUGCUUUCAUUGUGAAGUGAUCAUCCCAUAAUAACUAGAAGUAAAUUUUAUUACUUGGAAAUGGGCAAAUAGAAAAUCGCAAAAGCACUAUGAAGAUGUCAACUCCUCCCAUCCUUGUUUCCUGUGGGUUUCUCUUUCCCUGCCAACAGCUUGUGCAACGAUCAAGUCUUCUCUCCAUCAUAAAUUUAAGGCUCAUUUGCACUUUGACUUUGUUGGUUGUUGUGUUUGUUUUUCAUUUUGACUUUGCCAUGUUUUAUCCCUCCUUGUAGACCUGCCUGUUUCAUUUGUAUUUGAAAAUAUAUUCCAGUAGUUCAUUUGUAGUCACAGAACUAGGCAUAGACUCAUAGGGCAAGUUUUGAUAGUGUGAUCUUCCUCUUUAAAGCCAAAAUACAAAUGUUAUGGUGUGUUCAGCCUUUUCUGUACCCUGAAGCAUGAGCCACAACUACUGUGUAAAUGUGAACCUGUGGCUUCCUACAGUGCAUUGCUUUCAAGCUUACCUGUUGACCAUUUUCACAGAGUUUUUAUGUCUGACCACUUACUCCAGUUCCAACACCCACACCAUUUUAAAGCAUUGUCUGCACCAUGUGUGUGUACUCUGACGCUCCAUUCUACUCGUUUGCUUCAGUGCUCUGUUGUACAUGUGAAAAUGAUGUGGUUAAAGGAAGAAAUCCGUUGUAAAACGUGUUUAGCUAAAUAGUUUAAAUCAGUGCCACUGUCCUUUUAAAAUGUGCUUGUAUUCUACCACAGGCCUUCAUAUUUGCUCUUCUGUGUUAUGAAACUUAUUCCCAUGACAUAGUCACAAUGCUGGUUCUUAGCACUAGUGAAUACUGCCUCACCUCAUCUCUGUUCAGUGACCAAGGGCAGAAUUCAUUGUGGCCUUAUCUCUGUUUUAAACUGUUUACUGGCAUUUACUUGCAAAUCUGUUUACUUGUGUAUGUGCUAUAAAACUUCAUGUUAAUCGUUUUGUGACAGGAAUCAUUUCAGCGUUUUUGUUCAAAGCACAUAAGUAUCUUACAGUACUGCUUAAAUCAAGAGCCACAGAUUUUCAUCAUUAAUCAGAAUGAAAAUAAAUAAUACAUGUAUCGGAUUUAGAAGGCUAUUCAAGAACAAAUCAUGAUAUACACACAGUAGGCAAACCAUAACAAGCCUUUUAACCUUCAGAGAAUAUUUUAGAUAGCUUUUCAGAACUUGACACCUGCUUUUAUACUCAUUAUUUAAAAAUUUUUACAUAUAAAUGCAAUACUUUUUUAUAUUCAGUUUCUUUAUUUGCAAUAAUUUCGCCCAAUAGAUAUAUUAUAAUACUCCUUGACUUGUAAAGAACCUGAUGUCUUAGCCUAAUUUCUGCUGUUCUACACACUACAGCCUCGUGGGUUAAAAACAGAUUAUUGAGUUGUGCUUACAAGACUUAUUUUAUACCCCAUUUUUCCCUCGGGCUUGUGGCUCCGUUGUUGCCAGUAGUUAUUUUGUAGUACAGAAAUGGUCUUCCAAGUCCUUACUGUUGUUCAGAUGUCCAGUUGUUCAGAUAUGUUAUCUUCCUGAACCUUUUCCUGUGGGGUGUUAUUGUUACAUUUAUUGGCCUUGUGAGCUGUUAACCAAUUUUCAUGAUAUUAACAAUAUCUCAGCAUUUUGAUAAAACUACUUUUAGAGUGUUUCGAUAUGAAACAGUUAUAACUGUUCAAGUCUAGCUGUUAAGUCUGCUGUUAAUUCUGUAUACAUAGAAAUUGAGUCUGUGUUCAGAACGUUGUUAUAGUUCCAACUGUAGGAUGCAAAAGCAAAUUAAGUGCUCAAAUUUAGCUCUGCCUUUUCUUGUUUUCUUUUGUUUGGAACUGCAUUUCAGAAUUCAACACUAGCAUAGUCUUUAAUAACCUGCUGCUGAUGUUUUUCCCUAAUUAUGUGCCCUGAGGGCAUCCCACAACUGUGUUAAUAAUGAUAUUCUGUACUUCUUUUCAUUGCACAGACUUGUAAGAUCAGAAUGGUUACCUGAAAAGACGUGAACUCCAGGCAUAAAUCUGUGAAUUCCCCAUAGACAAAAUAUUAAUGCCAAGUGAAACAAAAGUCUAUUGAAAGUAAGCUACCCACUUGUAGAUUAAAAGUCUCCAUAGAGGUGUCCAUCUUGAAACUAGAUGCUCUUCAAUUAUUAACCAUAUUAUUUACUUUCUUUCAAAAGCAGCUGUGUUUAUGAGUACUGAACAAAUGUGUAUACUUUCCUGUGCCAGACUUUUGACUUUGUUUUCAAGCACUGUACUGUGGGAUUGAGUGGCAGCUUUGUUAGAAAAGAAGUAUCUUAGGGUUUCUACUUAACCCUUUUAGGACUGAACAAUUUCUUCCCUUUAGAAGCUGUAAAAUAAACGAACAGUUCUGACCUUGUAAGCAUUCUGUCUGUGUUCAACACUGCAUUUGCCCCAUACAGAGGUGCUAUGCUAAUGUCUUUUUUUAAAAAUCCUGUAGCAUGUGUAUACAUUCAGUCUUAAAAGGGUUAUUUUUACAAACUGUGCACCUGUAAAGUUUCUUAGCAAUAAGGUAGGAAAAUGAGCAAGUUUAUACCAUAAUUUUGUAGAAUUAAUUGCUCAGUUCCAUAUUUCAUCAAGAAAAACCCUGCAAUAUGGGCAGUUUUGAGGAUUAAAUAAAAGUGAAAUGUAAACCACA